AUGUCAGCUGAAGAUAAUUCAUCUUCCACUACAAAACGACCAUUUGGUUUAUCAUUUCCAAGUAAACCAAAAAGCAAAACAACAGCAAUACUACCAAUUAAUAAAAAUUGUUUCGCAGCUUCAGCUUUUUCUCUUGAUGAUGAUGAUGAUGCAGAUACAUCGACUAAAAUAAGUAAACCUCCAACAUCAAGUCGUCUUUCACUUAAUCCAAAAGCUCAACGUGAUAUUGAACAAGCACUUGAAGAAGAUCCAAAUAUAUAUGAAUAUGAUGAAGUCUAUGAACAAGUUAGUUCAACUGUUCAACAAGAACAACGACGUGAAGAAAAAAAACGUCUUGAACGUGAAUCAAAUACUGUUCGAGAAGCAAAAUAUGUUGUUGGUCUUUUAGAAAAAAAUAAACAACGUCAAAAAGAAUAUGAUCGAGUUCUAGAACGACGUAUACAACGUGAACGUGAAGCAGAAGGUGAUCUUUAUGCCGAUAAAGAAGUAUUCGUUACAUCAGCAUAUAAAAUUAAAUUAGCUGAACAACAAGCUGAUUUAGAACGAGAAAAACUUGAAGAUAAACGAGAAGCUUUAUUAAAUGUUCUAGGACAAGAUAAUAUGGAUGCUUUUCAUCGUUUUCAAUUUAAACUUCGAACAGGUGAUGCAACAAUUCUUGAAGAAAGUGAAAAAAUAAAAACUGAACCAACAAUAGAAAAAUCUUCAACUUCUCGUAAUGUUCGUCAACUUCGUACACGUGCAACACAUGAUGAUGAAGAAGCAAUGGAAACAAAUUCUGCUGAGGAUGGUGAUGAUAAUGAUAUAAUGUAUAAACGUGCACGUGAAAAACAUGCACGAGCAACUGAACGUGAACAACAAGAUGAAGAAAUUGAUGAAAAACCAAUUAUUGAUGAAAAACCAAAAACACGUCCAGUUAAAGUUCGACGUAUUAAUGAUCAAGCAACACAAGCAUUUGAUGAUGAACAAAUUGAAAUGGGUGUUGGUCCAGGUGGUAAAAAAAAUAAAACUGACAAGAAUAAAAAAAAUGAAAAAAUUGAUACAAAAGAAAAUGAUGUAGCAACGGUAAGUAUGCCAAUUGCAGCUGAAAAAAAACGAUUAGCUGAAGAAACAAGAAUUGAAAGAAUACGUCGAUUAUGUGAAAAAAGAACGGUUGGAGAUGUAUUAGAUAUGGCUCAACAAGCUUAUUAUGAACGACAACAAAAACGAGAAUUAUUCAAAGACUAUAUUGAAAAAGCUGAAUUGUAA